AUGGUGCUCAAUAUACCGGUUCUUGAGAAACCUGGGUUAGAGAUUUGCUGGGAGAAUAAUGGCACAACUUCGAACUGUAUCGACCAAAAUGGAACGUAUCCCGCUGUGACGAGCGCAAAAUAUUGCUUUGCGUGUGAGACUUAUGAUAUUCCAGACUGGCUGGAUGGGUUUGUGACGUUUCUUUGGGUUCUGUUUUCGAUAGACAUCUUUAUCGCCUUCUACUGGAUGACGUUUAUGUGGAACAACACCAAAUGUCGCGAAAGCAUCUUCAAAUUCGCCGAUGAUCGGGAAUCAAACCUAAAACCUGGUCCCGGCAAAAAGAUCCAGAAUUGCUGCUGCCUGGCGAUUUCUGUUCCCAAGGACAAAUUCUGCUGCUGCUGCGCAAAACCACUCGACAAAGCGGAAGAAUCGGGCAAACGCGGCUACAAAUGUUUCAAGAAAGUUUUCUGUCUGCCAGACGGGAAGAGAACUGCGGAGGAAAACAAGACUUAUAACUACUGGAAUGACGUUGUCAAAGGGGAAAUCGAAGAGGGAGACGUGAUUUUUGGGCACAAAGCGUUUUAUUGGCCGCCCAGCUGGCCGAAAUUUACUCUUUCGGAAAAGAAGAGAAUUGCUUUUUCCCUUGCUUUUCAGUAUGCUCCAAUUUUGGCUCUCCUCCUUGAUUUCUACUUCGACAUCGAGUAUCUCAACCAAAUCUCGCUCUACACAUCCCGAAAUAUCAUGGACAAACACAUACAGAUCAACAAUGGAGCCCUUAUCGUCGUUGCAAUUUGGGAUAUCUUCAGUUUUUUUACUGUUCCGCUGACUUGUAUGAUUGUUUAUCAAAUGUCUUUUACGCCGAAUUUGAAGAAGAAUUUGAUUGGAGAAGUUGUCUUACUGAAUAUCAGCUAUCUCCUCGAAGAUGGAGUCGAAUUGAUGCUCCAGUACUAUUUCUUCGACAAAUACGCCGGCGUCAAAUACGACUACGCCGAGCAGCAAAAAUUUUGGGUCGUCAUCAUGUCCGCCUUUAUUUCCUUCACGCUCGCUGUUGGCAACAUUUUCAUCCUCAGCCAUCUUUUCCAUCAACUCAAUACAGCGAAAAAGAACAACCCUGACAAAGAAAUAUCCGGCAUGCAGUGGUGCUUUUUGGUCUUUUUGUUUUGCCUCGGGCUUGUGCCGCUUUUGGCGAUGUUUUUCCGUGUUAUUGCAUCGAGCUAUCAGAUUUUUACCUUCCGGAAGUAUCGGACUGGCUGCUUGCAUUACGAGCUUGACACGAGUAAAAACAUAGCUCAAGUUAUUCAGGCAAAACUCUUCGAUUUCAACUGCUGGCGAGCAAUCGACUACCCUUUGAUUUUCGGAAAUUUUCUCGGAAUUUUGCUCCACUUUUUCAUGGCUUGCUAUCUUGCAGUUGAAGCAUUUUUUGGCGCACCAGUGGAUAUAAAAAUGGUCGAGCCGGAUCUGAAUUAUGAGAUUCAGGAGCUAGAAAUGCCGAAAAAUAAUGAGCGGGAAAUGUCGCCAGAUGAACUUUCUGAGCUGAACGCCAAGGAAGAAGAUACAGUUUCCAAUGCCAAUGAUUCUUUCGACAGCCCGCCACCUUCAUACGAAGCUCCAAAAUCAACAAAAAAGAAGAAAUCAAAAGAACAGGAGCCUGUGACAACCCAGCCUGAAAGAAAUGAUGAGCCAAUUUAUCAAGAACCACCAAAAGAAAUUAAGAAACCUGUUCGACCGCCCCCGCCACCGGUUCAGAAAGAAAGUAUAAAUGCUCCUGUAGAUAUUUGA